UAUAUUUCUACAGGCAAUUUUCGAAGAAUAGCCUGUGGCCAAGAAUAACAAAUUGUUGUCAGAAUAAUAUGCGAACAGAUCAUGAAGAACUCUGUGGCAGUAGUUAUGGAUCCUUCUGUAUGAAUGGUGGGAUUUGUUAUAUGAUUCCUACUGUUUCCAGUCCUUUUUGCAGGUGCAUUGAGAAUUAUACAGGAGCGCGCUGUGAAGAAACUCUGCUGCCCAGCAUCAAGAAUCAUACAAGAGGUGAACUGUUUGCAGCCUUUUUGGCUUCAGUAGUCGUUCUGAGCGUCCUUGUAGCUGGAGCGAUCUUCCUUCUGUGCAGGAAGGGCCAUAUCCCACGGGCAAGUUCCUUAGAGCGUGGAGACAACUUGAUUGAGGCAAGCGGCAACCAUGGUUGCAACAAGAUAACUGAGUGAAGAAAUCAAAGCAAGAGACCAUGGAAAAACAGCAAUCAAAGCAGGCCUAGAAAAGCUAAAACCAAACUGGAGAAUAUGGGAACCAUAAUCCUAUUCACAGAAUCUGUGAAAGAAGAAAAGGUUGCUAUUUUUUUACAGGACCAAAAAUACAAGCAUAAAUGUGCAUGGCUUACGUUCUCAAAGUUGUCACACCCAGAAUGCCAGAGGUACAUGAAGGUGCUGAUACAUCAGUUAGAAGCAAUUUCGGCUGUAGUUGUUCAAAUAAAUGAAAUGCUGUUGAGUAAUGCAGGAAAGCUGCCCAGUAAUAUUGAAAUGUCACUGUGUUUUACUUGUUUGUUUUUAACAAGGGCCAAGCUAGGUUUAUUAUGUUUCCCAAACAGUGAAAAUAAGGCCUUUGACUGUGUUAAAUGGAACUUUAUGUUGGGGGGCAGGCUUAGAAGACAAAUUAAAAUGGAUCUUAUACGAGUUUCUACAAGCUAGAAGCCGUAAAGGACCCUCAGAGCCUCCUUAAUGUACAUAGAUGUGGUUAUUCACUCUGUUUUGUUUGAGCGAAUCAGAGGCCUGUUGAAACCUUCAAGGAAUUUGUGGUCAGACCAAGGCCAAUCCAUAAAACACUUCCGUUUUGUGAAUAAAAGUUUAUCGUUCUCUUUAAAAAUCUAUUCAGUCUCUCUCAAAAAGGUUAAAAAACAUGGUUUCACAUUUUCUCAUUUGGCUGUAAAUGUCAGACAAG